AAUUAGUCAAAUUGAAAUUAUUUCUUUCUUUUCACGAGGAGCAUGCAAAAACGUGGACGAGAUAUUGUCCUUAUUUUUACCAGAAACCAACAGUUACUCUCAUCGAGUCCAACAAUGAAGAGAUUCGUUAGACUAUUUCAUCAUCAUUCACUCUCUCCAUCUUCUUGUGGCCAUCUUGCUCUGAGCUCCUCUCGUUUAUCUUCUGUCUUGAGAUCAGCAGAAGUUUCUUACUGUAUUACUAGAUACAGCAAUCACUACUUUAAUCAUACAAAGACCCACUCCAAUAGAGGAAUUCAUUCUAACGCUUCUCUACGAAAAGAGGACUAUUAUCAGAUACUUGGGAUACCACGGACUGCCGAUGCCAAGGAAAUAAAAAAAGCUUAUUACGAUUUAGCAAAGAAGUAUCAUCCCGACCGUAACCCUGAUAAUCCAGAAGCGGCAAAGAAAUUCACAAAAAUAGGAGAAGCAUAUGAGGUUCUUAGUAACUCUGAGAAGCGAAAGCGUUACGAUUAUUCCGGUUUCUCAGAGUUCAGCGAUGAAGCUGGCCCAGGUCAUCAGGGAAACCCCUUCACAUCGAUGAGAGCCGAGGAAAUAUUCCGUCAGUUUUUUGGUGACUUUGACAUGUUUGGACAAGAUAUAUUUGGACAAGACGCAAGGAACUCUCAAACGCUUCAGCUCAGUCUUUCAUUUAUGGAGUCAGUCAAAGGAUGCAGUAAGGAGCUGUCAAUGAGGGUACAGGCCAUGUGUGAGAGGUGCUCUGGCAGUGGAGGGGAACCAGGAACAAAGACAGAAGUCUGUCCCUACUGCCGUGGGUCAGGAGAGGAGGUGAUCAGUACUGGGUUCUUCAAGAUGAAGUCCGUAUGUAGGAACUGUCACGGACAAGGACGUGUGAUAACUGUGCGGUGUCGCUCUUGCAUGGGGAAAGGAACCACUGUCAAGACACGAUCAGUUAACGUACAAGUACCAGCUGGUGUUUCGGACGGUCAAACUCUAAGAGUUCCAGUGGGUCACACAGAAGCUUAUGUAACGCUCAGAGUUUCAUCAAGUGACACUUUUAGACGUGACGGGUUUGACAUUCACUCUGACGCUAACGUCAGCUACACUCAAGCAGUCCUGGGAGGAGUCGCUAAAACACCCGGUCUUAAUGGGACGCUGGAUUUAAAGAUUCCAGCAGGUAUUCAGUCUCAUCACAGACUCAGAUUAAGUGGUCGUGGGAUACCAAGACUCAAUGGAUAUGGAAACGGAGACCAUUACAUUCACAUUAGGAUCAAAGUACCCAAGAAUUUGACUAGCGAACAGAAGACAUUAAUAGAAGAACUAGCACAAACUGAAGAUUACGAAGGAUCUGUGAACGGGAUCGUAAAAGGUAGAGGGGAGAAUGAAAGAAAGAACAAACUUGUCAAAAAAGAGAAAGGAUUCUUGCAAAAGUUGAAGGGUAUUUUUUGGGAAGAUGAGGACAAAGAACAAAAAGAGAACACAAAUUGACUUAAAAUAUCUUCAUUAUUUAAUAUUACGAAUAUUGUUUUUGCAUUAAAUUAUUGAUUGGUAUAAAA